GUGGUUUGUGCUUAAAGAAGAACAGCAGGAAGAUCCGGAGCCCCCCCACAUUAAAGAGGAGCAGCUUCAAGGGUUGGAGAAGGCUGACAUGACUGUGUCAUUCACUCCUGUGAAGAGUGAAGAUGUUAAAGUGGAAGCUCAUUCCUCGCAACCUAAUCACAGAAAAACUAAACAGAUGGAGACAGGAGGUGAUGGAGAGGACUGUGGAGGACCAGAACCACACCGCAACUCGGGUCCGGCCAGUCCUCCAGAUACUGAUAAGAAAACUGGAGACUCUUCUGAGACUGAGGACAGUGGUGAUUGGAAUGAGACCAGAGAACCUCUGUCUGGUGAAGAGUUUGUCAGUGAUUCUAGAUGUAGAACAAGUGAGAAACCUUUGAUCUGUUCUGAAUGUAAGAAAACAUUUGGUUGCAUUCAGAAGCUGAGGAAACACAUGAUGACCCACACAUCAGAGAAACCUUUCAGCUGCUCACAGUGUGGUAAAUGUUUCACCCAAAGGGGAAGUCUAAAUGCACACAUGAGAUGUCACACAGGGGAGAAACCUUUUAGCUGCUCACAUUGUGGUAAAUGUUUCAACCACAGGGGAAAUCUAAAAAUACACGUGAGAAGUCACACAGGGGAGAAACCUUUCAGCUGCUUCGAAUGUGGUAAAUGUUUUGCUAAAAGCGGAACGCUGAAGAUCCACAUGAGAUGUCACACAGGGGAGAAGCCUUUCAGCUGCUCAGAGUGUAAUAAAUGUUUUACCCACAGGGGCAGUCUAAAAAUACACAUGAGAUGUCACACAGGGGAGAAACCUUUCAGCUGCUUCGAAUGUGGUAAAUGUUUUGCUAAAAGCGGAACGCUGAAGAUCCACAUGAGAUGUCACACAGGGGAGAAGCCUUUCAGCUGCUCAGAGUGUAAUAAAUGUUUUACCCACAGGGGAACUCUAAAUGCACACAUGAUAAUUCACACACGGGAGAAACGUUUCAGUUGCUCAGAUUGUGGUAAAUGUUUCACUAAAAGUGAUCAUCUAAAGAGACACAUGAGAUUGCACACAGGAGAGAUAUCUUUCAGUUGCUCAGAGUGUGGUAAAUGUUUCACUAGAAGUAGAGAUGUGAAGAGACACAUGAGAUGUCAUACGCUGUGUAAAUCUAAAAGUCCACAUGAAAACUCAGAUGAGAAUCCUCUUUAACGUCUUUCCCUAAUUUACAUUACCGUUUCCCACGUGAGUUUUAAAUAUCCGUCCCUUGCUAUAAUGACACAUAUUUGAAGCUACUCUUCAUGUUCACAAUUACAACCAACUAUCUAAGAAUUCCUCACAGGGAUUUAUUGGGACGACACUCUUGUUUAGUUUUUCCUAUGCUCCCGAGGGUUUUGGGUCACAGGAUGUCACGUGUGAUAAAAAAAAUGAAAAUAAUUUAAAUAUCUUCUGACAGAUGGUCAGAAGUUCAUAUUCCAAGAACAAAAUGUUCUUGUCGGUCACACACAAACUAUAAACUAUGCUAAGCUAUUAAUUCAUUGGAAAGGUGUAAUCUAAGGCAGUGAUUCUAAACCAUCGGUCUGCGAGCGCCACCUAGAGGCUUUUUACCCCUGGGCCGCAGUUGAAAUAUUUCUACUCUGGGCAAAGAAUUAUUAUAACCGUCUUUACGGAGACAAGUAACAGAGAUAAGCCACGCCCCUUCCAGGCGCACAUAAAGUGGGACAUGAAUGAAACAAAAUAACUAGUUGGGUGAGUAAACAGUGGCGAAAAUCCCCUUGGCAUUUUAAGUGUGAACGUAGCAUAAAGCUCUCCACCAAAGCAUUGAAGCCAUCAAAAUUUAAGCGGAUGCCGUCAUCUCACUGACUUGCAACUCUAAAUCUUACUUAAAAGCCAGCUGUCUUUUUCUGUUCCAUGAAGUGUUAGUGUUGUUUUUGCAGGUUUACAUACAGUGAUCAUCACAAGGACAUUUAUUAUUUGUAUUGAAUACAAAUCUAACCUAUAAUUAUAUCAAUUAGUUAAUAUAAAAUAGUUAUAAUAUUUGAACGGGUGCCUGGGCAUAUUUGUACAUUUGGACCCUGAGGUCAAAAAGGUUAAUUAUCCCUUAUCUAAGGCAUGUUUCCCAAUGUUAACAUUGUAACAUUACCCAACCUUAUAUUGUCCUGUCCAAUGUUGAAAUACAAGUUUGACUGAUUUUUAUGUUCCAAUUGUGUUACUGCAAGCUGUCAUAUUAUCAAUGUAUUAAUGCAUACAUUUCCGUGAACCAAAUUCACUUUUGCAUUUUUAAUGUGCAGAAAAAUACCAGAAGGCCUUUUAAUGUUUUUCAAGGAUUGAGUUCUUACUCUUGUUUAUAUUGUUUUAACGUUUUUUUAAGAAACUUUUUUUAGGCAUUAGUUUUCCUAGUCAAUCCUCAUAUUGAGAUGCUUACAUAUUUAUAUAUCAAACUAAUACAUCUUUGUCUGUUGAGAAACAAAAAGUAGAAAACAUUGCUGAGCAAGCACAGGUGCAAAAAAGAUAUGAAGGCAAUGAAUGGAUUUUAUUUUGUCUUUUGUAAUAAAU